UUUUGGCCAUGAAAGUGUUCAUUAUAUUCCUAGGGAAUGAGCUUUAUGUCCAAGGAUUUACUUGGCUUCCUUCUGAACUUUUCCAGAGGAUUUGACUACUGGAGCCUACUGCAGAUAAAGCUGAGCAGCUGCAAAACAAGUACUAAAAAAAGCUUGUUGCGCCUCGGCGGCGGUCCCCGAGAUCGGACUUCUCUCAUUCGUGCACCUUGCUCGGCGUCCUCUGCAACCAUGUCUGACAAACCCGAUAUGGCUGAGAUUGAGAAAUUCGCUAAGUCGAAAUUGAAGAAGACAGAAACACAAGAGAAAAAUUCACUCCCUUCAAAAGAAACGAUUGAACAGGAGAAGCAAGCAGGCGAAUCAUAAUGAGGCACACGCCGCCAAUAUGCACUGUACAUUCCACAAGCAUUGCCUUAUUUUACUUCUUUUAGCUGUUUAACUUUGUAAGAUGCAAAGAGGUGGGAUCAGUUUAAGUGACUGUGCUGCCCCUUUUCACAUCAGAACUACUGACGACGAAGGCCGCACCUGCCGCUCCCAUCUGCCUGCCUGGCUGGUGGGGAAGGGGGACAACUUGCAUUUUGGUGAAGGAACGAGCUGGGUGGGACGAAGGUGAAAUCUAGAGUUAAAACCAAGCUGGUCCAAGGGGUCCUGCGGGCUGUAAAAUGCAGUUUAAUCAGAGUGCCAUUUUUUUUUUUGUUCAAAUGAUUUUAAUUAUUGGAAUGCACAAUUUUUUAAAUAUGCAAAUAAAAAGUUUUAAAACCU